CGUUAUGCAAUAGGAAAUAGGUAAUAAAAGUAUUUAAGAAAAUAUUUUUUAUAGACAAAUUCUCAAAAGUAUAGGGAUACGGAUCACAUACUGUUCGUUGAGAACUAAGAAAAGAAUCAGAAAGACGGUUAUUGUUUCACUGGAAUAGACAACGAAUUCGCGGUUGCAACACGCAAUGGAACUUCUUGGAGAUUAUGACCAUAAGCGAUUUAAAAAGAUUAUUGGGUUAGACAAGAAUCUAUUGAGAAUUCUCACCUGGGCCUUGUCGGGGAUUGAAUUCUCAUUGUAGACUUAGGGGGCACUUCGUUAAGCUGGAUUUGCAAAGUACACUUGCAAAUUCUGUGGAAAGGAUGAAGAGACCUUGGUAUUUUUCUGGGACAAUGUAAUGUUCUCGUUCGAAGUGGUCUCGAGGAGAAGGAAAUACUGGUGGGAUUUGCUCUGACAGUGGGGGAUUUGAAGCCUUUCGGAUCUCAUUGGGUGCAGUUCAUCAGUUAGGUGCAAAAAUCUACAAUCUACAAAUAAUAAAUAGAUUAAGAUAGUAUAAUCUUUAGAUACUUGCAUUAAACGAAAGCGCGAAAAACCCGUAUUACCUUUUUUAUAAUUAUUAUGUAUAAAUUAUCAAUCAAUUAUUGAAAUUGAGAAAUGAGAGUAAGAAAGAAAGAUUUUUUUGUAUAGCAUAUAUAAUUUUACUUACCACUUACUAGUGAAAGAGAAAUGAAAAAUUUCUGAUAAAAUAAUCUCAAAACUCAACAUUUUUUAAGGUUGUUGGAUAUUAUAAAUGAAUACUUGAUGGCUGGUCGGAUUGCUCAUUUUAAUUAUUUGAAACUGAGUCAUAAAACAUUUUUACUCUUAUUCUCUCUCAUUUUUUUUUUAAAUCAAAGCUUAAUAAGACUAUAUAAAUAUAUAUGUAUAUUAUUUUUAAACCGAACUUUUUAUAGCGUGGUGUGAAAAUUUUAUGAUCACUUGGUUAAAAAUACAUUAAUAAAAUACGCAAUUACUUUUACAAUAUACUCAAUUGUGUUUUCAAUAGACUCUAUUGAAGAUAAAUAAAAUUUUUUUUUAUGUUGUCUUAUCUAAUAUAAGUAUUGAUUAUCAUUAAAAGAAAUAAUUAAAACAAAAAAUAUUCUCUCUCUCUCUCCUCAAUUCAGUUUUAUAAAGUUAAAAUUAAUCAGUACUUACCGUGCAUUCGUUUUGAGCGCAUGUUGCAUAAUAUAAAAUCGGAUAAGAAAAUACUUUAUUUAUUCUAUACAUAAAUAUUUUUUUGCAAUAAAAACAAAACAAGAAAUAAUUAUACUACAAAAAUGUCAGUACCAGUAAUAAUAUCAGAUGAACAAGUUAAAAAAAUUAUUACAUGGCCUAUAGUUAAUGAAGCUGUAGAAGAAGCUUUUAAGGCUAUUUGUUGUUCAGCUGAUUUUGCUUGGUUACGAAAACAUAAUAAAGAAUCAUCAGCUGAUCAACCAGCAAGAACUAGAACAAAUAUAAAUAAUAUUAAUAAUCAUGGGUUAUUAUUUACAAUGCCGGGUUUUGUCUCGAACUAUACAUUAAAUUCAAAAAAAUAUAGUACACUUGGUUGUAAAAUGGUAACAAUGUUUAAAGAGAAUGAAAAACGUAAUCCACCAUUACCAAGUAUUUUAGCUAAUAUAGCAUUAUUUAAUUCAGAGACCGGUCAAUUAGAAUGUAUUAUUGAUGGAACUGAAAUAACAGCUUGGAGAACGGCAGCUGCAUCAGUUAUUGCAACAAAAUAUUUAUAUUUUAAACGUAAAAAUUAUAUUAAAGAGCCAAUUGUUGCUAUAAUCGGUUGUGGUGUUCAAGGUAAAAGUCAUUCACUUGGAUUAUGCCAUACAUUUCCUAUAAAAUCUAUACAAUUAUGGAAUCGUACAACCGAAAAAGCUUUCAGUUUAUUGAAUUGUUUAGAAAGUGAAAAAGAAAAUUUUAUAAAUAAAAACAUAAAUAUAACAGUAUUUUCAAGUAUUGAUGAUUGUGUUAGGAAUGCUGAUAUAAUCGUAACAUCAACUUAUGUUGAUGAGCCUAUUAUCCAUUUUAAUAUGUUAAAAAAAGAUGUUCAUAUUAACGCUGUUGGCUGUGGGCCUACAAGUCAUCAUGUUGAAUUAUCACAAAAAAUUUACGAUAAAAGUAUUUUGUAUAUUGAUCACUGGGCUGGAGCUUCAGUUGAAUUAAAAGAUCUUAAAUGUAAUAUCGUUUGCGAAGUUGGAGAAGCAAUAAUUGAUCAAACUAAAAUUCCGGAAGAAGGAAUAUCAAUUUUCCAAUCUUUAGGAAUGGCAGUAGAAGAUGUAACCACUGCGCAAGCUCUUUAUGAAGCUUUUAAAAAGCAAUGUGAAUAAAAUAUUAUUCUUUUUAACUUUAUUGUAUUAUGUUUUGUCAAAAAUAAUCAAAUAUAAAGUAUUUGGAAUUUAAUGAGUGUUAUUAAAUAAAUAGUAUUUUAAUCUUA